AUGGCUGAUUCUUCUCCUGAAGAAAAUGAUAUCGAAGUUGACAAUAAAUAUGCAGUAGAUAAUCAAUCAUUUACAGCUGAUGAUGAUGAUAAUAAACAAACUAAAACUCAUUUAAAUGAUAUUGAUAAUAUAAGUGUUACUUUUCGUAAAGAUAGUUUAACAGUUGAUAUCGAUCAACGACAUAAUUCAAGUUAUCCAUUAGAUAAAAAUGAAGGUGAACAAUCACCUUAUGAAGAAGUUGCAGCAAAUGUUUCAAAUAAAGAUGAUCCAUCAAUGGCAGUUUUAACAUUUCGUUCAUGGUUUCUUGGAUUAGCAUUUACUGGUCUUCUUUCAUUUAUUAAUCAAUUUUUUUGGUAUAGAACAUCACCAUUAGUUAUUGGUGUACUUGUUGCUCAAUUACUAUCACAUCUUAUUGGCAAAACUCUGGCAAAAAUUUUACCAACAAAAAAAUUUAAAAUUUUUCGAUGGUAUUUUACUUUUAAUCCAGGUCCAUUUACUGUUAAAGAACAUUGUAUUAUUACAACAAUGGCUAGUACUGGAGUUGGUACGGCUUAUGCUAUUGAUGUACUUACUAUUCAACGAUUAUUUUAUAAACGAACAAUGCAUCCUGGUAUGGCUAUUAUAUUCGUUAUUACAUCACAGAUUUUAGGAUAUGGUAUGGCUGGUAUUAUGAGAAAAUUUCUCGUUUGGCCAGCAGCUAUGAUUUGGCCAUCUAAUCUUGUUAAUUGUGCUUUAUUUCGAACAUUACAUAAUGAUAAAGAAGAUCCUAGCACCGAUGACAAACCUCGAUGGACAAUGACACGUUUGCGGUUUUUUGCCAUAGCAUUUAUUUGUCAAUUUAUUUAUUAUUGGUUUCCUGGUUAUAUAUUUCCAGUUCUAUCUCUUUUCUCUUGGAUAUGUAUGAUUAAACCAAAUAAUGUUGUUCUCUCACAAUUAACAGGUAUUAAUGGGCUAGGAAUUGGUUCAAUUGAAUUAGAUUGGAAUGCAUGGGUAUCAUUUCUUGGUUCACCAAUUGUUGUACCAUAUUGGGCUCAAGUAAAUAUUCUCUUUGGUUUUGUUUUCUUAGCAUGGUUAAUAGCACCUGCUACAUAUUAUUCAAAUCUAUGGGAUGCAAAAAUGUUACCAAUGGUUAGUACUCGAGUAUUUACUAGAGAUGGAUAUUAUUACAAUGUUACUGCUAUACUUAAUUCAAGACUUCGUUUAAAUGAAACUGCAUAUAACGACUAUGGUCCAAUUCGUAUGACACCAAUUUUUGCAUUUUCUUAUGCCAUAUCAUUUGCUGCAAUUACUGCUGUUAUUGUUCAUACGAUAUUAUAUCAAGGUAAAUCAAUUAUAAAACAAUUUCGAUCAUCUCUAAAAGAUGAUACUGGAGAUAUUCAUGCGAAAUUAAUGUCACAUUAUAAAGAAGCACCAGCAUGGUGGUAUUAUAUAUUAUUCACUUUGGCAUUUGGUUUAGCAGCUAUUGUUUGUCAUUUUGGUGAUUUAAUGCCAUGGUAUUUUCUUUUUGUUGCUGUCGCAAUAUCAUUUAUUUUUCUUUUACCGACGGGUAUUGUUGCAGCUGUAACAAAUCAAUCAAUUGGACUUAAUGUUAUUACUGAAUUCGUAGCUAGUGUAGCUAUACCUGGUAAUCCAUUAGCUAAUGUUACAUUUAAGACAUAUGGAUAUAUCAGUCAAAAUCAAGCUUUAUUACUUAUAUCUGAUUUAAAAUUAGGUCAUUAUAUGAAAAUUCCACCUCGUGCAAUGUUUAUUACACAAUUAGCUGGUACAAUUACUGCUGGAGUAAUCAAUUAUGUAACGGCUAAUUAUCUAUUAUCGAGUAUUCCAAAUAUAUGUACUCAAAAGAAUCCACGUUGGACAUGUCCAAAUGCAAAUACAUUUUAUAGUGCAUCGAUUAUAUGGGGAGCUAUUGGUCCAGUGAAAAUGUUUGGACCAGGAUCAACAUAUUCUUCACUUCUUUAUGGCUUUCUUAUUGGUGCUAUUAUACCGAUACCACCAUGGUUACUUAUGAAAAAAUAUCCUAAUGUUAAGUGGCUUAAAUAUAUUCAUUUUCCUAUAAUGUUAUCAGCUACAGGUAUGAUGCCACCAGCACCACCAGGAAAUUAUCCAUCAUGGUUGUUAGUUGGUUUUAUCUUUAAUUUUAUUCUUGCACGUUAUGCACGAACGUGGUGGAAACGAUAUGCAUAUGUAUUUUCAGCUGCUAUGGAUUGUGGUGUUGCAUUUGGUAUACUUAUCAUAUUUUUUGCUUUACAAAAUAAUAAAGUUGAAUUUCCAACAUGGUGGGGAACUGGUGGAAAUACCGGAGAUGGAUGUCCACUUUCACAUGGUAAUUUUUAUGGAAGAAUUCCUCAAGAUCGACCUCUAAUAAAUCAAAGUUAA